AUGGCUUCCGCUACCCGACAGUUUGCCCGUGUGGCUACUCGUGCUACUCGCAAUAGCUUUGCUAUUGCUCCUCGACAAAUUGCCCGCCAGCAAGGUCGUCGCUACUACUCCUCCGAACCCGCCCAGAAGUCUUCUUCCACCUGGGUCUGGUUGACCGGUGCUGCAGUUGCUGGUGGUGCUGGCUACUACUUCUACGCCAAUGGUGCCUCUGUCACCCCCAAGGUCUUCAACCCCACCAAGGAGGAUUACCAGAAGGUUUACAACGAGAUCGCUGCCCGCUUGGAGGAAAAGGAUGACUACGACGACGGCAGCUAUGGCCCCGUUCUCCUCCGACUUGCCUGGCACGCCAGCGGUACAUACGAUAAGGAGACUGGCACUGGUGGCAGCAACGGCGCUACUAUGCGAUUUGCUCCCGAGGCUGACCACGGCGCCAACGCCGGCUUGGCUGCGGCUCGUAAGUUCCUUGACCCUGUGAAGGAGAAGUACCCUUGGAUUACCUACUCUGAUCUCUGGAUCCUCGGCGGUGUUUGCGCUAUCCAGGAGAUGCUGGGUCCUGUUAUUCCUUACCGGCCUGGCCGCUCCGACCGCGAUGUUUCUGGCUGCACACCCGAUGGCCGUCUUCCCGACGCCUCCAAGCGAUCUGACCAUCUCCGAGGCAUCUUCGGUCGCAUGGGUUUCAACGAUCAGGAAAUUGUUGCCCUAUCCGGUGCCCAUGCCCUCGGCCGCUGCCACACCGAUCGAUCCGGCUUCGACGGCCCCUGGACCUUCUCUCCUACCGUCCUGACCAACGACUACUUCCGUCUUCUCAUCGAAGAGAAGUGGCAGUGGAAGAAGUGGAACGGCCCUGCCCAGUACGAGGACAAGUCUACCAAGUCCCUCAUGAUGCUCCCAAGUGACAUUGCUCUCAUCGAGGACAAGAAGUUGAAGCCCUGGGUUGAGAAGUAUGCCAAGGAUAACGACGCCUUCUUUAAGGACUUCUCCAACGUUGUCCUCCGACUAUUCGAGCUCGGUGUUCCCUUCCCUCAAGGUACCGAGAACCAGCGAUGGACCUUCAAGCCCACAAACGCGGAAUAA